GGCAUGCGCUUCUCUUCGGCUCUCACACGGAGACUGCUCAGAAUUCAGAGAACGUUUCGUCAAAUAGCAGUUUUAUGCCAUCGCUUCUGGCAAGGUGUCCGCGCAAGUUGCGGCUGCAUUUGUUAGAGUGCUGCCAACUAGCGUUCGAAACUACCGUCCGUGGCCUCUGCUCCUCCGUCGUAGACUGGCGUGUUGAAGCUGCGUCGCAUUAGGUGAAGGCGACGACGCGUAGCCACCCCCUAGGCGUUUUCGGCUGCGUCACGAUCAUAAAGCACGUUGUUCGUCCUCUUCAAAGUACAGCAGUCAUUCAUUGGCAACUGCACUGCCGUGAACAUGUGCACAUUGCCAAGUAGAAAGUGAGAAUCGUGUGAUUAGCUGGAGACUUAUCCUUCUAGUCAGCCGAAGGUGCUUUUCCUCUCUAGAAGAGGCGUCGGAAGUCACCGAAGUACCCGCGGUUCCAGCACUUGUGCACUUGUGUUUUUGAACAUGGCCUUAAGAUUUGCUGCCUGCUUGGUCUUGGUAGGUCUGAUCGCCAAGUGCGCACAGACCGCUCCGCCAAUGGACGAUGCUGUACAUAGCCACCCUUCAAAGCACAUGCCACUACCUAAUACCUUUUCGGUGCAGCGUCUGCCGACGUCUCCUGAAAAAUCCUGUGAGCCUGGCGAGCAUGAUGACUACGACGAGGAAAAAGAAGUAACUACGUGUCAGGGCUUCAGCCAAGAAAGCGAUUGCCAGAUGGUCCUGGAAGCAGAUGGUUGUCGACGCUGCCAAUGUCCACGCGCUUGCCCAUCCAUCUAUUGUGGCCUACGUUGUCGUAGGGUGUUGAGAUCUGGGGCCUGCCCCUACUGCGACUGCCGGAGAGGCAAACAGGUCUACGUGCUCGGAAAGAAGCCCUAGUUUGCCAUCUCCUGAAGCAAUGUAUGUCCGCUUUGAGAUAACUUAUCACAUCUACCUUGGGCAUUGCAUUACUGACUGCAUACGAUUUGUCAUUAUUUCUUUGAUGCUCCUCUGUAUACGGCGGAAAUAACGUUAUUUUUAUUAGUCUGUUCCAGUACUAUUGAAUUGCAAUUCUCUUUCGGAUGUGAAAAUGUAUCAUAAUAAAAAACACAACUUGAUACCUUAUAAGUUCAUAUAAAAA